CCCAUCCGUUUAUGCAAGCUCCCAGUGGGUUUGGGAAAGCACGUACCGGAGCCUGCCCUCAGGAACCCUUGGCCUGUGUCCCCAAUGUAACAGUUUCCCACAGGUGCAGUUGGGGGGGGGCAGUGGAAGCUGCAGCUCCCCAGCCUGGCCGAUGGUUUCCUUUGGCCUCUUGGGAGCACUGAAGGGGAUCAGCCCAGGACAUUAUAACUCCUGUGGACCACCCUCUCUCCCACAUCAGUGGCUCCCUUAGAAACCUGGCAUUCCCGCAGCUACACCUCACCUCUGCCCUGCCGUUCCUUGUCGCACCCACAAAGAGACCCACAGCCUGUCUUCUUCAGGGCUUCACUGCUGUCCCUUCGUUGUCCCUGUGUCACAGAAAUAAGCAUAGAUGUUUAGAUGGUGGGAAUGGUUCUGCUCAUUGGGCCACACAGUUCACUUAGCUGAGGCCCCAGCCCUGGUGUGGAGGACUCCGACUGCUGUCCAUGGUCCUGGGUGGGGAGGGUGUCCUCGGCAGUCCCCUGGCUUUUCUGGGCCUCAUCCUGGGAGGAGUGGCGGGGGGUGGGGGGCACUUCCUGCUUGGACAGUCUUGAGCUACCUGUGUUGGGAAUCUGGUGGCUAUUCCUCGGGGUCCCUGGAUCCCGCAUCUCCACCAGGCUGGCCCCACAUCUUGGGAACUUUUUGUGCCCACUGCUGGGAAUUGGAGAGGGUUUCUCCAUGGAUCCAGACCCUCUACAGUCACCCUCUGUGACAGGCCGUGCAGGAAUGAGCACAGAGCUGUCCCAGCACCUUUCAAACUAGCCGCCCUUCUGCUCUCAGGGCACCCCUGCCUCACCUGAGCCACAAAUCCCCUUGCACUGGCCCCCUUCUUCACCUGACACAGUUGACUGCUGCUAGCUUUUGACUCAUUUAAAAAAGAACUUUGUAUCAGUGCCAUAAACACAAAAGCCAUAUCCCUUGACACACAGAAACAUAGUAACAAAGAUAAACAGUGGAACCUGGUAGGUAGAUCUGACUCCCUGCUCCUCUCUGUUAGGUGUAGUGGGAUUGGGAAGGGUGGGAGCCCUCUGGACGGAGCAUUGUCCCCGUGUGACCUAGCGGUCUAACUAGUGCUGCUUCUAGCUCUGCCCAGAGUGCCCCUGGGUGAGGCUGCCCUUGGGGAACACAUGCCUCUGGCUGCUUCUCUUUAGGGGGGCCUCAGGGGCUGCCAGGGUCAGAAGCCUUAAGGUCUGGGCCUCUGUCCCAUAUACUGCCCUUUUGCCGCCCCCAGCUCCCCGCGGCUCCUGCGGCUCCCUUUGCCCUCCUCAGCAGCAGUCAGCUUUGCCAGAAAACCCCAUCUGCCACGUCCCCCAGUUUUGUGCCUGGAGUCCCCCCACCAGAGACUGACGGGACGGCACUCCCAGGCUGCACUUGGGGCCACCAGCCACCCUCACUGUGUGCCUGGCGUCCCGGCAGGACCCUUCCAGCCUGCACGCUCUGAGCCGUCUUGGGGCCAGGUGACACUGUGGUAGCUCUGGCUGGGUGCCGUGUUGCCAGCCGCUCCCCUGGGGCCUCUCCUGGGGAGAGACGUGGGCGCACGGCCACAGCCACCCACUGUGAGCUCAUGGGAGGAGUUUGGGUGCCUGAAGGAUGGGAUUUUAAGUUGUGUUUGGUUUGAGUUGAUGGAUACUUAAGGUGAAUUACGGGCCAAUCUUGUUGGUCCCCUGGUGGUGGUGACUGCCUGGGUUGGCUGGGCCAGACGUCUGGGCUGUGACAUGCGCCGAGCCUUUCUCGGGCCUGGGGCCCCCUCCCCGUGUGGACGUUGUGUCCCAACCACGUGAGAGAGCCCUGAGGUUUGUGGGGAGGAGGCAUGGGGUCCGAGGGCUGUUGGUGGAGCUGCCCUGAGCCCGUGCUCAUUUUCAGGAGCGCCAUCGUCUCAUCCGGGGCCACCAGGGGGCUGGGCAGCAUGGUGCCCUCCGGCCAGGUGGUGGAAAAGCAGGAGCCCACGGAGCCGGGGCCAGACCCAGAGCUCAAGUCCUGGAGGUGCCUGGUGUUCUACCUGUGUUUCUACGGCUUCAUGGCGCAGUUGCGGCCAGGGGAGAGCUUCAUCACACCCUACCUCCUGAGCCCCGAUAAGAACUUCACUCGGGAACAGGUCACGAACGAGAUCACGCCGGUGCUGUCGUACUCGUACCUGGCGGUGCUGGUGCCCGUGUUCCUGCUGACCGACUACCUGCGCUACACGCCGGUGCUGGUGCUGCAGAGCGCGAGCUUCGUGGCGGCCUGGCUGCUGCUGCUGUUCGGCCGCUCGGUGCUGCACAUGCAGCUCAUGGAGCUGUGCUACAGCGUCACCAUGGCCGCGCGCAUCGCCUACUCCUCCUACAUCUUCUCGCUCGUGCGGCCCGCGCGCUACCAGCGCAUGGCCGGCUACUCCCGCUCCGCCGCGCUGCUCGGCGUCUUCACCAGCUCGGUGCUGGGCCAGCUGCUGGUCUCGGCCGCCGGCGUGCCCUUCUCCACGCUCAACUACGCGUCGCUCGGCCUCCUGUGCUGCAGCCUGCUGCUCGCGCUCUUCCUGCGGCGGCCGCGGCGCAGCCUCUUCUUCAACCGCGACGCCGCCGCGCGCCGCGGGGCCGCCGCCUCCGAGCUGGCCGGCAUGAACCCGGCCGCGGCGCGGGGGGCCUGGCGGGACUGGACGCUGGCGCGCAUGCUCCGGGAGCUGGGGGCCACCGCGCACUCGCCGCAGCUGCGCCUCUGGUCCCUCUGGUGGGUCUUCAACUCGGCCGCCUACUACCUGAUCGUCUACUACGUGCACAUCCUGUGGAACGUGGUCCACCCCACGGCGGACAGCGCCUCGGUCUACAACGGCGGCGCAGAUGCCGCGUCCACGCUGCUCGGUGCCAUCACCUCCUUCUCCGCGGGCUUUGUGAAGAUCCGCUGGGCGCUGUGGGCCAAGCUGGUCAUCGCGGGCGUGACGGCGGCGCAGGCCGCGCUGGUGUUCCUCAUGUACAGCACCAGCAACAUCUGGCUGUGCUACCUGGCAUUUGUGCUGUUCCGCGGCGCCUACCAGUUCCUGGUACCCAUCGCCACUUUUCAGAUCGCGUCUUCUCUCUCUAAAGAGCUCUGUGCGCUGGUUUUCGGAGUGAAUACAUUCCUUGCCACCGUCCUCAAGACCAUCAUCACCCUCAUUGUCUCUGACAAGCGGGGUCUGGGCCUCCCAGUCCACUCACAGUUUUUCAUCUACUUCGUGUACUUCCUGGUGCUGUUUGGCGUCUACCUCUUGGGGGCCUUGGUGGUGGUCCUGCGGCAUUUCCGGGACGGCCGCCGUGCGCCCCAGCCCCCGGCGCUGAGCCCCACGGAGGAGAAGGCCAUGCAGCCGCUGGCCACCCAGGAGCAGAGCUUGCAGCCCGAGGCCAAAGCCUGACCUCUGGCCCCAGAGGCCACCGCCAGCAUCCUCCACUUCUGGGGGCCUUGGCGUUUCGGGACAGACACCCCGUCCACGUCCCUGCCCCUCGGUGUCAGCGAUCCAGGUGUCCGGCCUCAGUUACAUUCCAAGGUUCAGACUGUGGAACCGGUGACCAGCGGGGACCCUCCACAGCACCUCCCUGUGCCCUGUGCCUGGGGGCUACCUGCCUCAGGAGGGGCUGUGGCUUGUCUUGCCGGGGCCCGAGGUGGUGCCCUCUGCCCUGCUUGGCACUCUGGUCCUGUCCCCUCGGCUGCUGGGACACUCAGGCAGCUGCUGGGACGCUGGGGGCUGGGCUGUCCCCACCCACAUGUGGUGGGCAGUGGGGUUCACGUGCCUCCUCAUCGUCACCCCCCAACCUGGGAGGCGGGCUCUGCUUGUCCCUGGGGACCCUUGACUGGGUUGGGGACUCGGCCCGCAGCAUGAGGCUGGGAGCCGGACGUCCGGGCCCCGUUUUCCAGGUACCUGCCUUAGUGCUCUUCCUUUUUUAAAAAAAAUUAACCUGAACGAGAAACCUUGGUGGGCUCUUGUGUCCUGUGGGGGAAGCUGGACAUUGGCCAGCAGGCCCCUGUCAGGUGGACGUGGGGUCGCUGCCCCCAGACCCCACUUCUCCCCAGGCCUCCAGUGGCCUGCCCGUCCCCAAAGUGGGUUAAAACUGACCUACCUCAGCAGUGGCUGCAGGCAGUGUGGGGCUGCUCGCCUGCCAGCCGAGACGGGACCCGCCCAGAGGGCGCCCCUUAGGGUCUCUCAGCGCGUUGUGUCCCUUCCAAGAUGCAAGACUGUCUUCUCUCCCUGAAGGGGAUUAGACCACAAGCCCCAAAUGUGGGGGGUGCUCCUGAUUCUCUCCUAGCCUAGCGGGGAUGGGGGUGGAAGGAGGUGGUCAGGAGGCCAAGGAGGGGCCCCCGGCCCGUCCCCUACCCCAGGCCAAUAGGUCCCCCAGCUGAGCGCAGCCCUUCCCACAGCUCAUGGGGUCUGGCCCAGCACACGGGGUCUGGCCCCAUGCAUGGGGUCGGGCAUCCAUGCAUACUUGCCCCAUGAACCCUGUGGGGCGGGGGCAGAGGACUCGGAGGAAGGGGCUGUGUCUCACCUCUGGUCACUGAGCACGUGACGCAGGGCUCUGGCCCGGGGACUCCCGGCCCAGAGAACCCUCCCAUCAGUGGCCCCCCAGUGGCCUGGACUCUCAGCUGGUCCCACGUGCUAGGGGGCGAACACGUGUGUGGGGCGCAGACCAGCUCCACAGCCUUGGAGGCAGAGCCCGUGACCACACGACCACGGUGACCGGACCCGCUGCUGUGGCCCACAGGCUGCAGAGCUGAGCAGCUGGGUCCUCGCCCGCCGCGCGGCCUGCCCAGCCGCCAGUGGAGGAGGGACCCGUGCCGUCCCCUGCGACGCUCAGGUGCACCUCCCAAUGUCCCCUUUGCUGCGGCCCCUCUCGCACGGGGCUCAGCGAGGCAGGUCCCGUGGAGCCAUGUCCUGGCUGGACGCAGGCGUGGCUGUCCUAUUUGCCUCCAGACUUUUUAAGAUUGUAUUUGUUUUGAGAGAGAGCACAAGCGGGGUUGGUGGUGUGAACAGAGGAGCAGCGCAGACGCCCCGCGGAGCAGAGAGCCGGACAUGAUGCAGGGCUCGGUCCCAGGACCCCGAGAUCAUGACCUGAGCUGAAGGCAGAUGAUUGUUGAACUCAGCGUCCCUGUUGAACUCCGCGUCCUGCAGAGACGAACCUGGGACCCUGGCCCUGAGCCAGCAGGCCGGGUUCCUGCUGCAGACAAGGGGACGGGGAGUGGGUGUGGGCCUGGCUGGGCUCCAGGAGGUGAGGCCAGGCCAACUUCUGCUUUGGGGAGCUUUGUCCCGGGAGAGGAGCACUGGGCAUGGGGUGGCCCCCGGAUGGGACGCUACUGUCCCUGCGUUGUGGGCCCCCUCAAAACUCAGCAUGGGGGCAUCUGGCUGGCUCAGUCAUUAGAGCUGAUCCCAGGGUCAUGAGUUUCGGCCCCACCUUGGGGGCGGAGAUGGCUUAAAAGAAACUUCCUGAAGGUGCUGGCUGGGCUGAGCUCUACACUGCGUGUGAUCUCAUGGGUCUUGUGGGCAACCGGGGUGGCACGGAGAGCUGACUGGGAUUGGGAUAACGGCCCGAGCCUGGGGGCCCUAGGGAGCCUGGGGUCAGCAGCGGGGGGAGGUGCUGAUCUUGGGAAACUGCCCUGGCCUGGGGGUGGCCGGGGCGAGGUGGCCCCACCCUGUGCCCAUGGCCUGAGCCACCCGGGCAGCUCACAGCUGGGGAAGGAGGGCCUGUUACAGCGCUGCAGCCCCUGGGGUGGCCCAGAGAGGGAGGGAGGCCACCAGGAGCCAAGUCAGCACCUGCGGGGGCCACGGAGGGCCUCAGGGGCAUGCACCCUCGUAGUGAGUUCCCUUGCUGGGGACAGGGUCUACCCCCAGUCUGACUGGGCCGAGAUGGCGGGGACAGGGCCCUGCGUGA